CUUCUUCUCUUCCUUCUUCUUAAUUCUUCUUCUGCCUUUAAUAAUGAACAUAUCAGUAAACGGACAGUCACAAGUGCCUCCUGGCUUUAGGUUUCACCCGACCGAGGAAGAGCUCUUGCAGUAUUACCUCAGGAAGAAAAUCUCUAACAUUAAGAUCGAUCUCGAUGUUAUUCGUGAUGUUGAUCUCAACAAGCUCGAGCCUUGGGAUAUUCAAGAGAUGUGUAAGAUUGGAACAACGCCGCAAAACGAUUGGUACUUUUUUAGCCAUAAGGACAAGAAGUAUCCCACAGGAACAAGAACCAACCGAGCCACUACGGUCGGAUUUUGGAAAGCCACGGGACGUGACAAGAUCAUAUAUAGCAAUGGAGAUAGGAUCGGUAUGCGAAAAACGCUCGUCUUUUACAAAGGUCGAGCCCCUCAUGGUCAAAAAUCCGACUGGAUCAUGCACGAAUAUAGACUCGACGAGAAUGUAUUAAUCUCCUUCCCGAAUCAUGACGAUGACGUCGCUGUAGAAAUGUGUGAUGUCAUAGGAGGAGACGAAGGAUGGGUAGUGUGUCGUGUCUUCAUGAAAAAGAGUCUUUGCAAAACCGUAAUCAGCAGCCCUGCGAGAUCGGUGAAAACGUCGUCGUUCAACGAGGAGACUAUCGAGCAACUUCUUGAAGUUAUGGGGCAAUCUUGUAAAGAAGAGACAGUUUUAGAUCCUUUCUCGGAACUCCCUAACCUCGAGUGCCCGAACAACAACACCGUCGCGAGUUACCAGCGGUUGAUGGACGGCCAAGUCAACAACUGCCACGUCACUAGUUGGGCUGCUUUGGAUCAGCUUGUUGCCUCGCAGCUAAAUGGGCCCAACUCAUAUUCAAACCCAGCCGUCAAUGAGAUCCCACAAUCACCAUUCGAUGGACUAAAUCGGUCCGGUUAUUACAGUACCGGGUUAACACCGGAUUAUUAUAUACCGGAGAUGGAUAUAUGGAACGAUACAAACUUCGGGAGAACGAUGGCGUCAUCGUCCAACUCAUUGUGUCACGUGUCGAACAGUAGUGGAUAGCGACAGUGGAAGAGAGGAAGUGAUUACUGAUUACAAAAUGUCAAAAAUAAACAUUGUGUAGAAAGAUAUAAUCGUCACUGUGUAGUCGUCAGUGGAUAUAAACAUCAUACCAUAUAUAUAUAUAUAAAUGUCAGAUUUGUAAUAAUUACAGUGGUUAUGUGAAAUCAUUACAGGAAAAAGAAAGUCCUCUAUGUGUGGCGUAC